UGUCAUUUCCACGAUGAUACAAAUGUUUGCAUUCUCUUGUCUUCUUUCUACUCUGAGUAUUGUGGAGAUGAAGCGUCUCAACAUAAACGGUCAUGUUGGGCAAAGUGUGACGAUCCGAUGCUCUGGCUGGAACAUUUGGGUUCUGAAAAAAAAUGUAAAGUAUUUUUGUUACAGUCCAUGCUCGAGUGACAAUGACAUCAUUGCCAAAGCAGCAUAUGGAAAAACUGCAAACUACAAAAACAGAAUAACGUUGAAAAACAAUAAAGAAGGCUUAUUGGUGACCUUCACCAAUCUCCUAAAGUCAGACUCAAAAACAUACGAGUGUGGAUUGGAGAGAGUUGUCUUUGAUUCAUUUAUAGAGGUAAAACUUAACGUCUUGGAUGCUCAAAGCCCCAGUCCCAAGACAACUCCAAAGACAGUCAUUGUUGGUUCCACGAUGUCUUCAAGCAGCUCAGGUGUGACUGAUAUGUCUUCGUCAUACACAACCCUCAAUACAACAGCACCAAAAGACAAACAAGGAUCUGCUAGAGGAAGUGUACCAUAUUUGGUUGCAGGUGUCAUCGCCAUAAUAAUCAUACUGAUGGUCUUACUGAAGCUUGUUCACAAGAUGAUGAAACAUCAAACGAAAGCUGUGUCAAGUGCUGAUGGGCAACAAGAAGACGCACAAGAGGAUGUGCAUUACGAUGAAAUAAGACCUGGAGACCAGACUGACCCAGACGUCCUCUAUGCUAACUAUUCCCACCACCAAGGCACAGGAGUAGCAGCUGAGAGCCGUAACAGCGACGUCACAAAUGACUUCCUGUACUCUGUUGCUCAACUUCCCAAAAAGCAAACUGUACCCGUUGAAAAUGAGUCUAUCUACUCUCUGGCCAGCUACCGUGAGCAACCUGAAGCUACUGUGGUCGAAAUGCAUACAACACUUUCUUGAUCAUUUUAAUUAUAUUGUUCUAUGAAAAGAGCUAUCAUAUAAUACGAGACAGGAAAGGAAAGAGAAGGAAAGGGAAGGAUACAAUUAUGUUAAUAUCCAGACACAAUAUCGCUGCCCUCUAUCCUGUCACUAUGUCUGAUGACCAUGGUCUGCUUUAUGACUCCAUUACUUUAUGAAUUUGGCAUCAUGUUAGCCAACGGCACUCAAACAAAAGAGAGGAACAGACUUAGUCUCAUGGAAAUGCAACAGAAGUGCCCUUCCUUUUUUUUUAUGUGUCUCAAGUUAUUUCUGCUUGUGUAGACACACUUACACAUAAACACAUAUACACAAAUCACCAACAGGAAAUUGAUGCACCCUGCCAGUAACAGCUGUGGUGUAUCUGCUACCAUGAUUCUUAAUAAGUGGAUCAGCGAAGCGGCUUCUUCUGUAUCUGAACCGUCAGAGGAAGUAUUAAAGCACCUGCUCUACUUUCACAACUCACACUGGACCUUCAGAUCCAUUACUAUUCAAAUGUGAGGCUCCGGCAGCCCAUGUUACUCUUUUUAAUAUCAUUAAUCCUCAGAUGUAUUUAAUGUAAAGUUAUUUGUGUGUAUCUACAUGAGUUAGCCCUAAACAGGUGUCUUAUUAUUUUAUUAUGUUGUAUUAAAGCAGAACUGGCUCUUUGUGUUAUUUGUGAACCCUUAGUUAACGUGUGUGGUUUGCAUAGAUACGUUACCCGUGGUAUGUAUGUGAAGCUAAAAGUAAUUAUUUGCUUUGAUCUUUUUUUAAUCCCUUAUAAGGAUGAUAUACAAAUAAAAUGAUUAAAAGAAUAAUUCA